AUGUAUUGUUUAAAUAUUGACCGAUUCAAAGAAAGCUCUUUUCAUAUCCAAGAGUAUUUAGAAGAAAUAUACGAGGAGUGCAUGAAAAGAGAGACUACCUCUUGCGAAUCAAUUAUUACGGAGCUUGAAAAAAUAAAGGAGGCGCUUCACUAUAAAGAAGAGGAGAUAAAAGACAAAAAUAUAUGCUUUUCUGGGAGAGGGAAAAUAGAGGAGCUGGGAAAUGCUCUUUCGUCAAUUGAGCUCUCGCCAGAAAGCACGCAAUUUAUCCAGAUUAUGCAGGAGCGAGAUUUAGUUAAGAAGCGAGGAAGAUACAUUGACUACUGCAGCUUGGUGGAGGAAGACGCCCUUUUAAGCAAUGUAGAAAGCAGCGCACAGCUGCUGGAAAUUGCAGAGUUUGUGCAGCUUCUUACAUGCCUGGCCUCUGCAUCUCCUCCUCCUAAGAAAGCCCACAGCGGUAUUCUAGAAACUCUUUCGAGCGUGUUUGGGUCUUCUCCGGAAAAGGAAGACAAAGAGGCUUCUAAAACAGCUGCUUUCCAAAACGCGCAGGCCAUCAAAGACCUUGAUCUCUCCGAAGCAAGCAGCUUGAUUGUAUCUGAAGAGCUUUUGCACCGGCUGAAAAGGUACAGGAAGAAAAUAAUCUCUCUUGCAAAAGAAAGCUACUCUUCUGCAAUUGAAAAGAACAAUCUGGAAGAGGCCAUGAAAACAGCAGUGCUAUUCUACACGCUUGAUCUCAAAACAUAUCCAAUUGAGUGUUUGAUAAAUAACCAAAAGCCUUUGCCAUAUACUGCAGCCUUUGUAGCAGAUAUUGAUGUGGUGAAGGACAACGCACUUCCGGACCUAAAUCAAUAUCUCACCGAGGUGGCAGAGCGGAUUGAGGAAACAGUGCACAUAAUAAAAGACAUGCUCAUCAACAACCACUACAUGCUGGAUAAAAGCAAAAGCGCGUCUGUGCAAAAUCCUGCUGAAAUAUUCCUUAUAAUAAAGAAAUUGCUGAGCAACUCUUUCUUGCCAGUAACUGCAGCGCUGAACUCAAUUGACGAUCCUGUGGAAUACUUAAUAACGCUUGAGACAAUUCUUAUGCACACUACAAUGCUUAAGGACAGAAUAUGCUACAUCCUGCCAUGCAUAAAGACUCGUCUUAAGAAGCACAGCGUGCUACAUAUCUCAGAAGAUCUUCUGCUUGAAAAUGAAACAGCGUCGAUGCGGGUGAUAUUUGAUGGGCUGAGUAAAGCUGUUAUAACAAAAAAAAGCACUCUGAAAUACAAAAUAAAUGGAGAGGUUCUUACUGCCCUGAAAACACCUCUAGAGGCUGUUUUCCGGUAUAUGGCAUACUGCCAUAAAGUUGCUAACCGAAGCGCCAAGCUAGAGUAUAGCCCCAAAAUUCUGGAGCUUUUGUUCAACUUCCAACUGCGCGGAUUUACUUUAAUACUUGAUGGAGUCUUCAGCAGGAAGUAUGCACCAUAUCUGGGGACUAAGCUGCACCUGGAUGUGUACCUGUGCAUCAAGAAAUACUACAAGAAAGUUCGCACGCAGAGCAAUGAAGGAUUCAUUUCUAGCGUAUUGGGGAAGCUUAACCAAAUAGAAGCAGAGCGAAAUAAGAAUAUCUCAAGUUCUGAGAUGCAUUAUUUAAUAACUAGGUUAGACGAUCUUCUUGGCGUGUAUAAUACAGAAGAGACCAUCGAUCUUCUCUCAUCUUCCUUCAAUUACCUGCCAAGCGCUCCCAUUUACAAGUCCAUAAUAAAGGAGACCUUUAAUAUUUUCUACAUAAAAAUAAAGGAAAAGGUAUAUACGCGAACAACUCUCAAAGAUGUAAAAAGGUCAAUACAAUACAUCAGUGCGCUAUAUAAAUAUAGCAAAACACUGAAGACGCCUGUUGACAAAAGCCUAAAGAGAUUGAAGGAUCUUUUAGACAGUGCACUAGUGGAUGAGUCUGACCUAAAUAGAAUAUUUGACCUAGUCAAAGCAACAUCCGAGGAGCAGAAGGUCAUUAAAAGAAUUCGAGAGAGCAUCAACAGCAAAACCCCUUAA